UAAAAUAUAAAAAUUAUAAAUAUGAAUAAACAUUAAGAUUAAUUAAAAACAUAUUAUUUUUUAAAAUAUUAGAAAUUAUCGUUUUAUCAAACGAAGAAAAUGAUAUGCAGGUUGUAAUAGAAAACGAUACAGAGAUAUACCAACUGCCUUUCGGUAACAGCAUAGAGAAAUUUUUCGACAUUGACAAAUUUGAAAAAGCAAUUAAUGAAGACAGAGAACUAUUAGAUGAAAUACUGGGAGAAAAAUCUGAAGACGUGGAACAAACUUUUAAAAACAAAAAGUUAGAAGAAACAUCUGAACCAUUGAUUUCUAAACCACCGCUUCAGGAACAAUCUGAAAAAUUGCAUGAUCCUACAGCUGAUUCACCAAUUCAGUGUCCACCUUUCAAGGACCAAUCGAAAGAAUUAAAUGAUCUUCUAGCUAUACCACCGAUUCCGAACCUACCGCUCCAUGGACAAUCGACAUGUAAUUCAAAUAUUUUAGAUGGACCAGCUGAUUCACACAUUCUAACUUCACCACGCAAUGUACAAUGGGACAGGCGAAAUAAUCGACUAGGACAUACGUAUAUGUCAUAUUCACAGAACUAUGCUCAUCCUUUUCAUCUAAAUCGACCGUUCCAGGAGCAACCAAGAAGACAAAAUGAUCGACUAACUCAUCCGUACAUGGCAUAUCAACAGCACUAUUCUCAACCUUUUUAUACGAAUCAACAAUUCCAGGAACAAUCGCAGAGACCAAAUCCACAGGAAUAUGCUCAAUAUUUUUUUCUAAAUCAACCGUAUCAAGGACAUUCAACAAGAAUAAAUAUAAUACGUUGGAAACUUUCAACAACGGAAAAACUGGCUCAGUAUUGGCCUGCUGUGCCAAAAUAA